AUGACAGAGCUUAAUAUACCAAUACAUCAUGGCCUAGAUGAAACUGACAGUGAUUAUUUAACUGAUUCUGAUUCUCAAUACUAUGAUGAUUCGGGUUCGGAAUAUGAUUUGACAGCUCAAGAACAGUGGGAGGAAAGCUUGAAACAAGUCAAUAAUUUAAUUAAUUUGAUAAUAUUUCCAUUAAUUGGUAAAGUUAUAGGCAGAAGGUUUUCACAUAUUAUAUGGAGAAAAUUUGCUAACUGGUGGUUUAUCUAG